ACACACUGGUACAUGCAUUUUCUGUUCUUAGCUUUAGAAUAGAAACAAUUUCCAUAAAUGGUGUCCAAGCAGGAAAUGUUUUUAGACAAACUAGUAGUCAUUGGAGUGAGAUAAGAUUUAAUCAGAACAACAGACGAAAAGAAGCCUUAGUGUUCUCCUUCAAAAGGACAUUUUGGACUACAAACAUGAAGCAUCCGCUGACAUGCCUUUUAGCGAUCACUGCAGUUUCCCUUUUCAUAGGAUCAGACUUCGCCAACGGUCAAUACUCCAAAGUAGCCAUUCCGGGAUAUAAAAUCAAGAUAGUAGGCUGUUUUAAGGAAAAUACCAAGGCGCCGUACAUCCCCGAGCGACUCUUCAGCGAUGCCACUGGAUUCAAAUCAAAAACAAAGAUCGAUUUUAAGAACUUUGGCCGAUACAUUCUGGGUGCCGUCCAGAGAUGUGGAUCUGCUGCUCUGAAAAAAAAAUACGAAUUCUUUGCAUUGAGAAAAGUAGGCGAUUGCCAUUCUGGUAAAGUGUCAGCCACGUAUGCGAAAAGUGGUACUUCGAAAGCUUGCAAAAACUCUGACGGCCUUAAGUGCGCCAAGAAUCAAGACUGCGUCGGUAAUGUAGGCGGUACUGCUAAUUUCGUCUACAAAUUGGAAAGUCUUCCUACCACUCCGACUACCAAACCAACAACAAAGGCGACUACAAAACCGGGUGGAGGAUCGACAAGUGCCACCACACCUGUUGGCGGGAAACCAACGACUGGAACUGCUGCCACACUGAACGCUUUGACUUGUCAGAAUUACCUGGUCGCCAUAAACUUUUCUCCCGGUGCUAGUACAAGUAAACCAGCUAUUCCCACCCCGUCCAAAAAACCUACCGCAGCCGGAAAGCCAACAGCUCCCACAGUGGCGACACCGACAACACCCGCUACAACUAGCGGGCAAUCAGCUAUAGAGGCAAAAGUCAAGAACAUUUAUAAGGGAUAUACUUGUCUGACAUGCUUGAGGACUAUUAAUGCCAGCUCUUCUACAGUGUUCCUGAUGCUGCAAUUCACAUGCCAGGGACAACAUUUGAAGAAACUCGUCGCUGGAAUUGGGGCCAGCAAUAUUAUUAAAGCGGAAUGCUACCCACCAACUUGUGCUCCUUCCACCUACCCCUGCACCUCUCCUUGUGGAGUGGCUACAUGCCCCAUGUCACCAACUCUCCCCUAUCCAUCAGUUUGCCCAGCGACCGUACCAGCUCCAGCUCCCGCUCCGAUCCCACCUCCACAGUGUCCGAUGUCCUGCCCGUCAAUGUGCGCUCCUGCGUGUAAUUCAUUCUGCUGUCGGUCCAUGAUACGCCACAAAAGCAUAACGGGACAGUCAGCCAAGAAAUCUGCUACGAAACAAACUGGCGAUUUUGAGGACGACGAGGAGGAGGAUGAAGAAGACGAAGAUGAUGAAGAUGACGACAUGGAUAUUGACGAGAACAACUAAAGUUUGGCAAGCUGGUUUUCGUUUCACUGAUAGACGUUACCGAACUGAAGUGCCCUAAAUAGAGAUUUAACCAAUGUUAAGUAACGAAAGAUAAGCCUUUGCAUAUUUGACAUUAUGUUCUCAAAUAAAUUAACGAUGCGGUAAUUCAUUAGGUUUACCACUGAAUUUAAACCGUUUUGAAAUUGUUAUCUGCAAACUGCACAAGAUGAAAAUUUACUGAAUCAUGUUAUAUUAAAUUGUUAUGUUAAAUUUCUAAUGCUGUUACGUCUUUAGUUAACAUUUUAAGCCCAGCUUGUAGUCAGUUUACCAUUUUUAUUGCUAAUUAAUGUCACGAAGGGCGGUGGAAAUUUAAAACUCAGGCACGAAUUAUUGAUGACCUGAGAGUUUUAGGCCAGUUUCUUGCUUGGUCUAAGGCAAUUUCGAUAUAUUAAAAUUCAGCCUAAAGCAACAGACCACAGCACGAGGCUCCGGGGAAUAAACCCCACAAACUCUGUUGUUAUUCCCCAGAGACUCGCACGGAAGUCUAUUGUUUUUGGCUGAAUUUCAAUAUAUCGAAAUUGGUCUCUUGCUUAGAGGCCACACCAUAACCACGGCCUUUGGAAUUAUAUCGCAUCCCCAUGCGCUUUUCUGGCCCUUGACCCCAUUUUCGUGUCAGACAUCUUAUGUCAAAACUGAUGCCUAAGUGCGACCCAGCGCUUUUGGUUAGUUUAACCAGGAGUUGUACAUAUUUACAUCCUCAAUAGGAAAAAAGAUGGCGGCUCUACAUUUUACCACAUCCCAUACACAACUCAGAAAGUACAAGGAGAGUCAUAUUUUUGCAAUAUUUGUUCCUGUGCUAACGAAAUUGUGUAUGCUAGGUCUGUAGGUUUAAGAUCUUUUCUAUACGUAUUUAUUAGCGUUGUUAAAGUUGUCGUCCGCUAAGAAUUAUGCAUAAAUGUACCAGUCGCCACCAUUUUUCUACGGAGAAUUACUCAAGAUUGACACUGAACAUUUUCGAGAAUGAUAAUGCCUGUUCUCUUCAUUUUUAGCUAGGAAAACUGGUCAAAUCUAGGAUUUUUUCUCGACUGUUCUUUAUUAGCCAUUAAACAAAAAGAGACUUGGUUCUUUGAUUAAAGGGUAGAGAUAAAAAGUAAAGUAAUUAUUGACGGGUAGUUUAUUAUAUUAGUUAAUCAAAACUGGUUAGGGCAAAAAUAAGCUGUUAUGACGAGAGCCAAAGUUUUCUUACCGUUAGCAUGGAAAACUUCUUCCUGGGUUCAGAUGAAUCAAAUAGAAUAAUGAAAGUUCCCACAGGAACAAGAAAAAAACUGGACAGAAUCAGUUAGAACCGAAAUUAUAAUUUUAGCCUAGAAUUGUUCCUUCGUUCAGUUCGUUUUCUUGAUGACAAAGUUUACCAGCCGCAGUCCUCUUCUAAACGUCCAUAUAAGUACAAUGAGUAGAAAGGGUUCGUUCCAGCAGCUUUCGAGAUGCACAAAGAAACAACCCUGGUUUCCAUAUUGUUACUUUAGUUAUCGUUAGAUAAGGGUAAUGGUUGCAAUAAGAUUGUGGAUGAGAACAUCAUUUCGGAGAAGGCUUGGACGAAUUGGAUUAUGAUUAUAAGGUACAAGAAUAUUAAACUAUAUGUGUAUGAUAACGCACAUGUAUUUCAUCAAAGUAAAAGAGGUUUAUGUUCGUUAUGAUUCAAGUUGUCCAUACUUCAUUUGCCAACUCGCCCGAUUGCUGUAUGAGAAACCUAGUAGAAGCUGUAACUCAUAGAACCCCAUUGCCAUUUUGUUUGACAGAAUUACUAUAAAAAUGCAUGCAUUUCAGGCGUCACAGUAUUCCCUAUUUUCAAUCGAGGCAGCACUGAGCUGAAAUUGAAUUUUGGCUGAAAUUUUGCCGCUGUAUUUACAUUGAAACUUACAUUUAUAAUAAUAUACACUUGAAAAAAAUAACUCUAUUCUGAUUGUUUAAAAAUGAGUGCAGUUUUCAUGUAACACCAGUGCGAACUGCAACAAAGAUAUCCGAAGUUAGUACAAAGACACCAGAAGACUGCCGACGGUCACCCGAGGUAUUUCGAAAGUGGUGGAAGUUCACCCGAGGUAGAGGUAGAAAGAAGAGAGAUUUAGCCGUUUUACGAGACUACAAAUUGCACUCACCCUACUGUUCAUCUCGAUGAUUUGAGCGACAUCUGAAAAUUUCACCUGUUUGAUUGUCUGGCCAGAACAUGUCUACGUUGCCAGUUACAAACUUUACAAUGAUUGGAUGCUUGCGCCAAUAUGUAAAUAGUUCACCCUUGAAGCAAAAAACAAUACCGUCUCGUAAAGUUUCUGAGGAAACGAAACAAGAAUGAAAAUUAUUUUUUUCUCGAGCAUCUGAGCUGGCCGCAAUCCUAAAUCCUCCAAUUUGAUUGGCUAAUCAUACGCAUGUGACCGGUCCAGCUUUUUACGAUACGGCCCACGGGCCGGAUUUUUUUCCCGCUGCCUGAAUUUCGCUCCUAAAAGUUAGCGGUAAUCGUCAAGCUUUUGCCUUGUUUACACAUCCAUUGACGAUUAGUCAACGCAAGUUUAUCUGUUCACUUUAAAAUGGCAAGGAAAGUCACUGUAAGUAAAUUCAAUUGAGUGUUUUGAAGUUGUGAGAGUUUGCUUAACUGUUUGUAGCUUGGCCCUGUAAUGGCUUGUCAUCCUGUGUUUCUCUCGCCGUAAAAUUUGAGUCAAUUUCAGUCGACUUUACCUCUCUGAUCGUUCCUGUAUGUAGAAGAAUUUCUACAUUUAACGAAUUUCUUCGCUUUCUGCUAUUCAGUUUACGG